UACACCAGCACCCGACACCCGACAUAGCUUGAAUUGUUUAUCCAAAACCAACAGGCAACACGCUCUAAUACGCUUUCACCUUCGAACCCUUCGAGCGAUGGGGGAGGGGAGAGAGAGAGAGCAAAAUCAAUUGCCCGCUUAUCGGAUGAGAUAUUGAAACACCCGCCCAUCGCCCGUCUCCGUGAUUGGGAAUCGUGGCUGCCCAUCGGUAAACGUCCCUAAAAUUCCAACCCAAAGCGGGGAAUGAGUCCCUGAACGAAGUGGGGCACGAUAGUUAUUACACUUCGAUACCGAUACCGAGUGGUGGUUUGCCUAUCGCCCAACGGUCUGGCUAUCGAUAGGCCCCCGGUACGGAUUCACUCUACAGACCUUCUACUAACCGAGCAACAGACGACCCACCCGGCCGACCGAACGCUCGGCUGUUACGUGCAGAAAUUGAACGUGAGUGUGCAUGCAUUUAAUGCAGUAUUGCUCUUGGCAGACCGAGCUGAAGUGCAGUUCCCUGGGGUGUGGUAGGAAAAUAGCACCAUCUGACGCGAAGCAAAAUCGAUAAUUGACUUUGCGGGGCACGGAGAGAUUGUAAAACCCCGGUUGUUUGCUUCUCCAAAAUGGACUUUACCGUGUACGACUAUCCGCGUGAGAUUUGGCACCUUAAGCCCGGCUGGGAGGUGGCGCUGAAAACGAUCACCUUCCUGCCCCUGGUACUGUUCGGUGUGCUCGGCAAUGCCGUCCUGUGCUGUACACUGGUCCAGAUACGUGCCCUCCGGACGCCAACGAACCUGCUCAUAGCGAACCUAGCCGUCGCCGAUCUGGCCACGCUCGUCAUCUGUCCGCUGAUGUUUAUGUUUCACGAUUUCUACCAAAACUACGUGCUCGGUGCGAUCGGCUGCCGGAUGGAGGGUUUCCUGCAAGGUUCCCUUCUCAUCACGUCCGUCCUGUGUCUGUGCGCGAUCAGCUACGAUCGGUUGACGGCGAUCGUGUUUCCUAAGCGCUCACGCCUUACCAAGCGCGGUGCGGUUGGGUUGAUCGUCGCCUGCUGGGUCGGGGGCUUUCUGCUCGCCCUGCCGCUCAGUCUGUACCGAGCGUACCGGGAGCGCCAGUGGAAGAACUAUCUCGAGACGUACUGUGCGGAAAACACGACCUUUCUACCGAGCUACUGGCACGUGCUGAUCGGGGCACUCGUUUGGUUUCCGCUGCUGGUAAUGUUCUGCUGCUACAGCCUGAUCUUCCUCAAGCUGGACCGGUACGAGCGGCGCGUACUGCGCAAGGAGCAUCCGAUCUCGGUGUCGUACAAGCGGAAGGUAGCGAAAACGCUGUUCAUCGUGCUGAUCGUGUUCGUGCUGUUGCGCAUACCGUUCACGACGCUCGUGUUUGUGCGCUACAAUCGCUACCUGAACGACAAUCAGAAUCAGAUUGGCAACGACUUUCUCAUCCUCUGGUACGUUUCGCACUAUCUCAUGUACCUAAACGCUGCCCUUAAUCCGCUCAUCUACGGCCUGACGAAUGAAAACUUCCGCAAAGCGUUCCACAAGAUAAGCCUUUCCCGCCUGCUGUGCAUUCCCGCUCUGGCAAGCCGCGGUCGCUCGUCGGCUGGAAAGCACCCAAAGCACGCCCGCAAUGGAAAGCGUACCAUGGGGAAGCUAGAUCCGGCGCUUGGCAUUGCCACGAUUGGAGGUCGCUUGCAGCCCCGGGCUCCCUGCGGCACGAACGACAAAAUGGCCAACCUGUCCGGAUGGGUACUGUGUCCAGCGGGGCACGGUGGACCCGAUUCCCAGCCAACGAGCCCCUCGAAAGAUACCAAAACUUCCCACCUCAAGCUUACGACGGACACGUUCGGCGGCGGUGAUUCGGAAACGCCACGCAAUACGACACUCGUUUCGGACGGAUUUAUGUGACGCACGAGGGGUUGUGUU